UAGUGGAGAAUAUAUUGUGUUUACUGCCAGUAGGUUUAUUUAUGAAUGUUGUACUUUAAAUUCUAUAUUUAGAUAUUUGGUCAUUUAAUACGCAUGAAACAUGUUGGUAGACAGUGUUGAUGUUAAUACCUUUCUACUAGUUGAUCUGAGACCAAAAAAUGGCUACUGGAGGUAAAUACAGUGAUGGUGAGAACAAACAGACAGCUGGAAGAAGGUCAGAACCAGAUGUAACAACAGUUAAUAAUGCAGAGACUGACAAAACAGAAGAUAGAGAUGGUGUUACACAGACAUUCACAAAUGGAACAAACACAGACGAAGAUGGUACAAAGGAGGCUGUAAAUGAGACAGGUGGAGGUUCGGCAGUUAGUGAUGACCCACAGAUGGUCUGGUUGAGACGGUAUUUUGCCAAGUCUCUGGGUAUAUGCUUUGAGGAGCCACCGGAAUGUCUGUUGGAGGAAGUGAGUUUUGAGGGCAUCGCAAGAUACAUAGCCAGUGACAAGUGCAGUAAAAUAGUUGUCAUGACUGGUGCUGGCAUAUCGACAUCUGCAGGAAUACCAGACUUCAGGUCUCCAGGUACAGGCUGCUAUGAACAGUUGAAGAAAGAAUAUAACAUUGAAAAUCCACAGCAGUUGUUUGAAUAUUCAUAUUUCAAGGACAAUCCAGAACCAUACUACAAGUACAGGAAAGAAUUAUGGCGGUGCACAUAUAAGGUAUGUCAGUAUGACGGUGCACAUAUAAGGUAUGUAUGUAUGACGGUGCACAUAUAAGGUAUGUAUGUAUGACGGUGCACAUAUAAGGUGUGUUGGUGCACAUAUUAGGUGUGUCAGUGCACAUAUAAGGUAUGUCAGUGCACAUAUAAGGUGUGUCGGUGCACAUAUAAGGUAUGUCGGUGCACAUACAAGGUAUGUCAGUGCUCAUAUAAGGUAUGUCAGUGCACAUAUUAGGUAUGUCAGUGCACAUAUAAGUUAUGUCAGUGCACAUAUAGGGUAUGGCGGUGCACAUAUAAGAUAUGGCAGUGCACAUACAAGGUAUGUCUGUGCUCAUAUAAGGUAUGUGGAUGCACAUAUAAGGUAUGGCGGUGCACGUAUAAGGUAUGUCAAUGCACAUGUAAGAUAUGUCGGUGCACAUAUAAGGAAUGUCGGUGCACAUAUAAGGUAUGUCUGUGCUCAUAUAAGGUAUGUGGAUGCACAUAUAAGGUAUGUCAGUGCACAUAUCAGGUAUGUCAAUGCACAUAUAAGGUAUGGCGGUACACAUAUAAGGUAUGUCGAUGCUCAUAUAAGGUAUGUUGGUGCACAUAUAAGGUAUGUCUGUGCUCAUAUAAGGUAUGUUGGUGCACAUAUAAGGUAUGUCUGUGCUCAUAUAAGGUAUGUCGGUGCACAUAUAAGGUACAUUGGUGCACAUAUAAGGUAUGUCUGUGCUCAUAUAAGAUAUGUCAGUGCACAUAUAAGGUAUGUCUGUGCACAUAAAAGGUAUGUCUGUGCUCAUAUAAGGUAUGUCGGUGCAUAUUUAAGGUAUGGCAGUGCACAUAUAAGGUAUGGCGG